AUGGAUGUUCUUUAUUCAUUGUUUGAUGUCAAUAAUCAACGACUUGUCAACAUAACACAAGAAAAUACUUUCACUAAUACUCUCAAUUUUGUAUUUACAACAUUAACUGAUGAUAUUUUAUCAAUUUCUGAUCCAAUUAUUGAUCGAUUCUUCAUGAAUAUAUUGCCAAGAAUUCAUUAUAAUGUUAAAUCUCUUAUCCUUAAUUCAUUAUCUAUGGAACGUAUUCUUGCUGGUGAUUAUCCUAAUUUAAGUGAACUGAAAAUCUUCAAUGUUAAUGUUAAAGUUGCUUCACAUUAUUUUACAGUACUUUGUGAUUUAUCUUUAACUACUUGUUACUCUUCAACUCUUUACAAAUUAUGUAUUCAUGUAAUGUAUUAUCAUGAUCUUCUUGCUUUACUUGAUGGUCGUCUCAAACAAUUAAAUACAUUGAAUGUUGUUAUUGUUAAACAGGAAUAUAAUCCAACGUAUGUCUACAAUAUGAAUCUAUCUCAUUUGAAAUGUUUUUCUUUACAAUAUGAUUGUUCAAGUGAUGCAUAUGAUGGUGAAAUUUUACCUCUUUUACGUCGUAUGUCAAAUAUUGAAGUAUUAAACUUAAAUCUUAUUAUUGAUAGCCCAGUUCCUUUUAUUGAUGAUCAACAAGUGGAGUGUAUGAUCAAGUAUCGACGUCUUCCUAAUGUGAAAUAUCAUUUAUUUUCAUUACCAUUCAUGUUUGAUGGUCUCCAGUUUAUUGAUAAUAAAUUUCCAAAUAUUAUUUUCAAUCAUGUUAUAAGAUUGGUGGUGGAUGAUAACAUUCCAUUCGAACAUGAAUUUUUCAUGAGAAUUGCUUGGUGUUUUCCUUUACUUAAAGUAUUAACUGUUUAUAAUGCUACGUCACAGUCACCAAUAUUAAAUUAUAAUGAUAAUCAAUUAUACCCAACAACUAUUGAAUAUCCUUAUCUUACUUCGCUUUAUCUUUUAUUGGCUCAUGGUGAUUAUGUCAACCGAUUUCUUAAUGAUAGAAAAACACGUCUACCUCAUCUAACCGUAUUAUCAGUAAAUUACAAUGAUUUAAGAAACGUCACGAGAAACUUUACAAACGAUAGAAUACGACUGAAUUGUAUACAAGUGAAACAAUUAAGUAUAGGUCCUAAAAAAAUUGCACAUUCAGAAGAUUUCUAUGCUUAUUUUUCUUUGUUGUAA